AUGGCGACGCUGACUGGGAGCGCGGGCAACGCGCCGCAGCGCUUCGCCUCGCUCAGCGGCAUCCGCCGAAGUGGCAGUGGAUUUGAGAUGGACGACACCACCGCGCCGCUGUACAGCAACAAGACGUCGCGCGAGGGUUUCGCGCACUGGACCACCUCGCACCUCCCUCCGAGGAAGAGACUCGGGGACGGGAAGCGCCGGUUCGAGACCAACCUGCCGUACGGGGAGUUCGCCGAGGUUCCCGAGGUGCACGUCGAUCCGCUUGACACGCCCGAGAAGCCCGAGAGGAAUCCAUUCUGGGAGCAGAUCUUCCAGCGUGCGCAGAAGAGGUCGCCGAGCCCGCGGAAACGCAAGGAUAAGAAGGGACAGAUCUCGUACAAGGGCUUCAGGCCCAGCUUCAACUUCCCGAAGGCGCUCGGGCCCAAGCGCGUGGGACGGUUCCUGGGCCAAAAGGUUGGGCAGGUUGGGCAGCUCGGCCGACGGCUCUUCCGGCCCCCGCUUCACCUGCUGCAGUUCGCGGCGGUGCUCAUCCUCAAUGUCACCUACUCGGUCACGUACAACAUCGGCGUUGAAACGUUCGGCGGGCUGCCGGGGCACGUCAGACAGCUGGCGAAGUGGCUCUGGGGCGCCUCGGAGAGGAAAGGGGAGGACCCGCACGAGCACCUCAAGAGUAAGCUGUUUCCAGAGGGGGUCCCGCUCUCGCCCGGAAAAAUCAAGCAGAAGAUGCAGGACGGCUUGCACGGGCUGGGGAAAAACUCGCGGAAGCUAACCGGCAUGGUGGUGGGCGGUAUGCGACGCACGUGCAGCGGGUUCCAGUCGCAGGAGUCUCAGAACGAGCAGCGACGGGUGGACUUUUUCGUGAAGGAGGGGCGACGGUGUAACUCGAUGUGCGACUCCGCCGGCGCCGUGGAGAACUUUCGACAGGCGGUCGCCAUACGGCCGUCGGAUCCCGACCUGCUCGUGUGCCUGUCCAAAUCCCUCUCCGAUCGGGUGUUCACGGAGGAUGUCUUUCACAAUCACCCGCUGGCGAGGGCCAUCUCGAAGGAGGCUGCCGAGAUCAGCGAGCGUGCCAUCGAGCUCAACCCGAAGUGUGCCGAGGCGCACCUGUGCCUGGGCGCGGCGCUCGGUCGGCUGUCCAUGUGGAGCGACAACCGCGAGAAGGUCGAGCUGUCGGGGACCAUCAAGGAGCGGUGCGAGGAGGCCAUCCGGCUGGAUCCCACCUCGGACCUGGCGCUUCACGUGCUGGGGAGGUACCAGCACCAGAUGGCCAACCUGGGACGGAUCGUGCGAGCGCUGGUGCGGGUCAUGUACGGGGGCAAGCUCGAGCCCGGAACGCUCGAGGAGGCUGAGGCAUUGUUCAGGCGGGCCGUCGAGAUUGCGCCCAAGCGCCUGAUUCACAGGGUUGAGCUGGGUAAGCUGCUGCUGGACAUGCAGCGCAAGGAAGAGGCGCACGACCAGCUCGUGCUCGCAAUGACGUUGCCCAGGGAGGACAUCAACUCGGAGCACGAGCGGAGGGACGCGGCCGAGCUCCUCAAAAAGCACUGGGGGGAGAAGGUCGUGAUUCCGACGUUUACGGAUCCUCCUCCGACGCCGCCGCCGAGGCUGAGCAGUGUCUCCCGCAGGAGCUCGUUUGACACAAGCGGCCGCAGGAGCUUUGACGACGUCAGGGAGAAUCCCUUCCUGACCAGGGCCGCGCAGCAGGCUGCCGCGGCCUGA